GAAAGUGACCUAAGAACGAGAUCACUGUUGGAAAUAAUGUCCUCUUUGUCGAAAGUAUUUUCAGAGGUGUCUAAAAAAUACAAUGAGAACAGUCAUAAUUUUACUCAGAAUUUCUUCUGUGUUAAUAGAGAUACAAUAGGAAUGCAAAUACUAGACCUCAAUGUAUAAGCGAAACUCCUAGUUUUCUGGAAGGGCUGUCUAACAGCCCUCUAACAGUGGUUGUCUGCGAGUAGAGCUGUGAGGAUCUGAAGCCCACAUACACUCAGGCAGGUACACCAUUAUAAAUGUUAUAAAUGCAGGACCCGUGAGCACUGGCCAUCGCAGAGCUGUGCCAUUACAUGCAGACCCUUGAUCUCAGGGUAAUAUUGCGGAACCCGCUGCCUGCAGAUUCAGAGAGACAGCCAAGGGAACCAGAGGAAGAGAAAGACAGAAAUAUGACAGUAAUUUAAUUCCUUCCCCCUCGCCCACCUCGUAGCCCAAUCCGCUCUGUUGGCGGCUGCGCCUCGCCUUGGGUGCAGUGGGACGUGUCCCUCCCAUGUUUCCCUUAAUUAGGAGGAGGCAAACUUCUGUCAUCCCCUCCCGCCGGCUUCGGUUUAGUAAUCAGACCCAUAUGAGUCACGCCGAACACGCAGCCCCCUCCUGCCCGAGGGACAACUGGCCAGCGUACUCUCUGCUGUUGUCCCUUUAAAACUCGAAUCCAAGGGGGUAAUGAUUUAUCAAACUUGUAUUAUCAAGAAAAUGUCAAACGAAGGGCACCUUGCUUUGCACUGACGCAAACCUGGCCUUUCCCAAGGAGAUAUAGAAAGCGCCUCUCUUGUUGGAGUCAAACCCAGUCUUCUCAAUAGCUGGUUUCACUCUCUGCCCGUUCAAUCUGUUGCCCGUGUCAGACAUGGAUUGCGGUGCUCCCAAGGAAAUGAAUAAACAACCAGCCAACAGCCUGGGGGCGGCGAUGGCGCUGGGCCACCAUGCUGGCCCGUGCGCGCCCAGGACGAGCCCGGAGCAGGAGCUUCCCCCCGCCGCCGCGGCCGCCGCCGCCGUGGCGCCGACGCCGCGUGUGCCCAGGUCCGCUUCCACCGGCGCCCAAACUUUCCAGUCCCCUGACGCGCGAGCCUGUGAGGCGGAACGGCAGGGCGUGGGGGCUUGCAAACUCAGUAGCCCGCGGGCGCCUGCGGCCUCGGCAGCUCCGAGGGACUUGAGCGAGGCGCGCAGCGCGCAGGCCGCAGCUCCUUCUGGGGCCGCCGGGCCCGGCAACGCUCUGCAUUGUAAGAUUCCGGCCCUGCGCGGCCCCGAGGGGGAUGCUAACGUGAGUGUGGGCAAGGGCACCCUGGAGCGGAACAAUACCCCGGCCGUGGGCUGGGUGAAUAUGAGCCAGAGCACCGUGGUGCUGGGCACGGAUGGAAUCACGUCCGUGCUCCCGGGCAGCGUGGCCACCGCUGCCGCCCAGGAGGACGAGCAAGGGGAUGAGAAUAAGGCCCGAGGGAACUGGUCCAGCAAACUGGACUUCAUCCUGUCCAUGGUGGGGUACGCAGUGGGGCUGGGCAAUGUCUGGAGGUUUCCCUACCUGGCCUUCCAGAACGGGGGAGGUGCUUUCCUCAUCCCCUACCUGAUGAUGCUGGCUCUGGCUGGGUUACCCAUCUUCUUCCUAGAAGUGUCACUGGGCCAGUUUGCCAGCCAGGGGCCAGUGUCUGUGUGGAAGGCCAUCCCGGCCCUACAAGGCUGUGGCAUCGCAAUGCUGAUCAUCUCCGUCUUAAUAGCCAUAUACUACAAUGUGAUUAUUUGCUACACACUUUUCUACCUGUUUGCCUCCUUUGUGUCUGUGCUGCCCUGGGGCUCCUGCAACAACCCUUGGAACACGCCAGAAUGCAAAGAUAAAACCAAACUUUUAUUAGAUUCCUGUGUCAUCAGCAACCAUCCCAAAAUACAGAUCAAGAACUCCACUUUCUGCAUGACUGCCUAUCCCAACUUGACAAUGGUUAACUUCACCAGCCAGGCCAAUAAGACGUUUGUCAGUGGAAGUGAAGAAUACUUCAAGUACUUUGUGCUGAAGAUUUCUGCUGGAAUUGAAUAUCCUGGGGAGAUCAGGUGGCCACUAGCCUUCUGCCUCUUCCUGGCUUGGGUGAUUGUGUAUGCGUCCCUGGCAAAAGGAAUCAAGACUUCAGGAAAAGUGGUGUACUUCACGGCCACGUUCCCGUACGUCGUGCUUGUGAUCCUCCUCAUCCGAGGAGUCACCCUGCCCGGAGCUGGCGCUGGGAUUUGGUACUUCAUCACACCUAAGUGGGAGAAGCUCACGGAUGCCACGGUAUGGAAGGAUGCUGCCACUCAGAUUUUCUUCUCUUUGUCUGCUGCAUGGGGAGGCCUGAUCACUCUCUCUUCUUACAACAAAUUCCACAACAACUGCUACAGGGACACUCUCAUUGUAACCUGCACCAACAGUGCCACGAGCAUCUUUGCCGGGUUUGUCAUCUUCUCGGUUAUUGGCUUCAUGGCCAACGAACGCAAGGUCAACAUUGAGAACGUGGCGGACCAAGGACCAGGCAUAGCAUUUGUGGUUUACCCAGAAGCCUUAACCAGGCUGCCCCUCUCUCCGUUCUGGGCCAUCAUCUUUUUCCUGAUGCUCCUCACUCUUGGACUUGACACUAUGUUUGCCACCAUCGAGACGAUCGUGACCUCCAUCUCAGAUGAGUUCCCCAAGUACCUGCGCACACACAAGCCGGUCUUCACUCUGGGCUGCUGCAUUUGUUUCUUCAUCAUGGGCUUCCCGAUGAUCACUCAGGGCGGAAUUUACAUGUUUCAGCUUGUGGACACGUAUGCCGCGUCCUACGCCCUCGUCAUCAUUGCCAUUUUUGAGCUUGUGGGGAUCUCCUACGUGUACGGCUUGCAAAGAUUCUGUGAAGAUAUAGAAAUGAUGAUUGGAUUCCAGCCAAACAUUUUCUGGAAAGUCUGCUGGGCGUUUGUAACUCCAACCAUUUUAACGUUUAUCCUUUGCUUCAGCUUUUACCAGUGGGAGCCAAUGACCUAUGGCUCUUAUCGCUACCCUAACUGGUCCAUGGUGCUCGGAUGGCUGAUGCUCGCCUGUUCGGUUAUCUGGAUUCCAAUUAUGUUUGUGAUAAAAAUGCAUCUGGCCCCUGGCAGAUUUAUUGAGAGGCUGAAGUUGGUGUGCUCGCCACAGCCGGACUGGGGCCCGUUCUUAGCUCAGCACCGUGGGGAGCGUUACAAGAACAUGAUCGACCCUUUGGGAACCUCUUCCCUGGGACUCAAACUGCCAGUGAAGGAUUUGGAACUGGGUACCCAGUGCUAGUCCAAUGGCAUGGGAUGGCCCAGACUUGAUCCUGUUUUUCCUCUCUGCCUCCCCUAAGGUUUUCCCCGGCUUUCUUCCCAUUUUCUUCUCUCUCCUCACGUCUUGGUUCAUGUCCAUGCAUGAGAAUGGUUAUAUAGAAAAGUAGGACACGGUGUCGCAUGCUGUAGUGAGGAGCUAGACAGACCACUUGAGGCGCUUUGCCUGUGUCCAUGGCGUCAGUUUCCAGAGGGGUUGGAAGCUCAGGCUUUACCCGGCAGGAGUGGAUCAACUGGGUGAGUGGGCACUUUCCGGUGAAGUCAUGAGUAGGUACGCGAGACCCGGUCGGGCGGGGGUAUCCACUGUGUGUUAUCCUUGGUGGUGCCACGGAGGCUUAUAUAAAAUGGCAGAAUUACAAGACUGUUGUUUGGGCUCCUUAGUGUUGCUGAGCUGAGCAAUGUAGUGAUUUCAUUCAGAUGCAGGAAGUUUAGGAGGGUAUAUUUAGAUGGUCGGCAGGGGUCUGAAAAUGGUUUAGGAUAAGACAAACCAGUGGAUGCGGACACCGCUGGGGUGUCCAAUUGUAGAUUUCCAUUUACAAUUGGGGAUCUGUUUUCCCUCAUUUGAGCCAACUGUCUCAAGUGUGCCAAGAACUCAGAGACUUGUCUCUGCACGCUGCGAAUCUCAGUGGAGAGUUUUCUUCCUUCACUUGUCUUCUGCUUUUUCUUUUUUCUGAAGUAACUAUAUUUGUGAAUUCUCUUCAUCAUUUCCUCUGCCUGUGCACAAGGAGCCAUCCUGUAAUUUGCCUCUGUAUGGUCAUAGCAGAGCUCCAUUCUAGUUUCUACAUGACAUUUAACGCCGUGGUUCAGUGUCACAAUCCCAUGUUUCUUCUCCUCAAAAUGUCUUUCUAUGAGCUGUAGAUCCCUGGUCUUCCAACCUCGGGGAAAACAAGACUUACCCGUUUGUGUCUAUAUAUUUUCUCUAUAUAAGACAUAACCUCCUACAAGACAGAACACUUCUCAAUUUUUACUCUUUUUCAUUCACAGUAAAUGCCAACUGUGGUCAUAGAGAAAUCAAAGAAACGGAGAGUUUAGUUGAAAGCAACCAUGAUAGUCCAUGUGCUGGUAGUACAUUUUAGGUCACUGUAUUUACAGAAAUUUCUGGUAAAUACAGCUUAGGUAAGUAGCAAGUGAGCCAAUUAAGACUAUAGCUUUUAAGACUACAUUUAGCCGAUUCAAUUUUAAGACUUCCCAAUUCACAAUACUCUUAACUGUGCUCUAAUGAGAGCGAAUCAUAUGUCUGCAGAGAUUGGCGAAGCCGUGACCUUUAUUAUCUUCUUGUAUCCUGAACAUGCAUAUAUGAGAUUUUUCAAUGUGAUAUGUGUUCAUGUAGUCUGUAUGCGUAGUGGUGAUUUCUGUCCUUAUAAAUAUCUUAAGAAUCACUGUAGAGAUGGUGAGUUUAGAAUAGUGUAGUCCGGAUUUUUUUUUCCUUACAGUAAUAAUAUCUGAACCUAAAAUUGUUUUCUUUAGGGGAUACCAUCUCAAUCACUUUCUUACUUGUUUGUCGUCACGUUACAGGGUCUCAGGCAAAGUUUUCAGUUUAAACCUUGUAUAUUGAUGUGACAUUUUCAUCCCGUUCAACAGCAGUGAACCCUAACAAAAGACCUUAAUGUAACAUGUUUUUACUUUAAAUGACUCAUUGGUUUAAAAAGAGGCCUCAACUCAUUUUACCGAGCUCUUCUUUUUCUAGGGCAAAUAUCAUUGUCAUUUGCCAACACUGACGUGAUUUUCCCGUUUUUGAGAACUGCCUGUGGAAACUUUAGAAAAGGAAACAGAGUCUACGGCCAUACCACCCUGAACGCGCCCGAUCUCGUCUGAUCUCGGAAGCGAAGCAGGGUCGGGCCUGGUUAGUACUUGGAUGGGAGAAAAGGAAACAGAGAUGGGUUUUGAACUGUAGGUUUUCAUCUCUUUUGUCUGCAGUGUCUGUUUGUUCUUCCCUCUUUGUUUUCCUUUUCUGCCUAUUUCCCAAAGCUAGGACUUACUAGAAUCUAUCACAGAGACUAAACUGAGCUUCCCCUAGACACAGUGUUAGGAACCUGAGCUGCGGCCUCAAAUGCCCCCGCGUUUCCCAUAGUGACUUGUCUGCCAUGAACACUGGUCUCCCCAAGAAAGCCAUAUUGAUGACAGCCCCCCUUACUGUAGCAGAUUUCACAUAGCGGCACCGAAAAUUAGCGUCUCCAGGUGGUAACUGGUGGAGCUGGAGAGGCAGGGAGGAAAAACUUAGGUUUGGAAAUUAUCUCUAGCUUUUCCAAUUUGAAGCCUGAAGAAAAGAGCUGAAAUCAACUAGCAUUCUCUCACGGGACUGGUGUGUUUGUGUCAGGGCGAAUAAUUUUGGCUUCCCUCUCUCGCCUCUUGGCUAACACUGGAGUCCGAUGCUGGAUGCCAACCCCAUUUCUGCUGAUUAUUGCUGUCGUGAUUAAAAGAAGGGGGGGUACCCGACGGCUGCUGCCAGGUUUGUCUCAUAUGAACUUGAACUGCAAGUUGACUUGUGAGGGCAGGGGCCUCCUUGCUAGCUACAUUCUGCGGUGAAUGUUACAGUUGGAGGCAGCUACAUUUGUGUUUGUCGAGAUUUGUCCAGGCUGAGACCCAGUAGCUGUUCCCUGAACAGCCAGAGUGUUUUUCCUUUUCCCUACAAUUGCCAAUUUUCAUGUAAAAUUUGCUGAAAGGUGAAAGGUUCCGAACUUAUCUGGAAACGGUGACUUUGUAGACUCCGUUUUUACCCAUUUCUCUAGCCAUGUUCAACUUUGAGGCUUUCCCUGGCAGACAGGUGUUCAGCAUCCCAGCUGAUUCGUCAUCAUGUAUCAACCUUUGCCACAUCCCCCCCCCCCCCCCCCACACACACACACACUUGGCUGGGAUGCUAACCAGGUGGAUGUUUCCAUGCUAUGUGUUUUCUUCCACGGUCAAUUGGAUGAGAAAAAAAUGAAUGAGUAAGAAGAAAAUGAAGGGCAUUGUCAAAAACGGCUCCUUGAGCAUUCCCCUUCAAACUGAGUUAAAAACCAAGUUGCUGAGGAAAAAUUUUCGUUGGUUUUUACUGGGCAGAAUGGUGAGGUAUUUUCCACUUGUGAGAUAAUUUCCUAACACCGACAAAUGCCAGAAAUCCAUUCAGAGAAAAACAAAAGCCAUAUGUUAAAAGCAGUAACCUUGUAAUAUCCUUAAAGGAGAAAAAAAAUGUAUAUUUCUUAACUGUUGGUGUUGUGGCUUCUUAUGCAAAUAUUUGUCUUGCGUAUUAGUAACUUUUAGUCUCUUUAGGGCUGUGUGUUUGUCAUGUACAGAUGUGUCCAGUCUGGUUUUAUUUUGUUUGUUUCUUUUAUAUUCAUUUGUUGCAUGAAAGUUGUGGUCAGUGCAAAAUCUGGACCUCAACGUCUUUGAAAUUUCCCAUGUGUUUUUAAUGUGUAAGAAAUGUAACUUGUACUUCAGUGAGCAGCACUUUAAAAAUAAUUUAAUACAAUGAUCUUUAAAUGGCUAAGACUUGGGUUGUCUUUAUGCUAAUAUUGCAUUAGAGUUGAGUUUUCCUUAACUAAGUCCUUAUUUUGUUAUCUACAUGUGCCUCAGUGCUGCCUGACAACCUUCACCUGUCAGCAUGGUCUUCCCAUGCCUAAAAUUUGAAUUUUUCUUUCCUCUUUGUUCCCUUGGCCAUCAGUCAUCGUCCUCUUCCCAGAGACUUGCACAAUAACGGUUGCUUAAUGUGUGCUUGAUGGCAACAUCACACUGCUGCUGCCGUACCUGGUUUUGGGUUUGUGACACUCGUCUUUGAGGCAGCUGACUCCAGUGGGAGCAUGCUGUAUGGCAGGUUGUCCUGCAGGCACUGAAGGCCAAGGCCAGCAAAGGAACAUUUCCUCUGUUUCACACUGGGUGGGUGUCAUGCACGAAACUUCCAGGCUGGGAGCAAAGGCUUGGGUGAGUUUAAUCUCGAUAGUAAUUUCUCCACGAAGUGUCCCUGGGAUUUCUAAAAGCAAAGCUCCCUAUCAUUCCCAGAGUUUGCUUCAACUGUACAGAAAGGCCAAGUAAUUUUGAAUUGUGGUCUUGGCUUGGAUCACCUCUGAGCAGCCUGCAGCCAAAGAGAAAGUAUUUUCAGAUUGGGCAUGAAUCAUCUCUGAGAGCAGAGGUUUGAUUUGCCUGCCAUGGAUUAAAUACAUCUUCAGGUAACCGUUUGCCUUAUAGGUGUAUUUUAUUGUUAGGAUGAUACUUAGUAAUUGACUAGGAACUGUUUUGUCUUUUUUUUUUUUUUUUUUUGCACUUUAUUAUGGACCUAUCAUGGAAUAGGUUUAUUCUGAAAUUGUGUACUUGGCUAAUGUCCUAAAUGCAGGCAUCGUAUGUGGUACUGUUGCCUAUGAAUAAAGAUGUGUUCCCUAAUCAGGUCCUUAUAUUUUUUCAUUAACUGUACAUGAAGAAAAUAUAUUAUGUUACAAAUGAUGCAUCAUAUAUAUAUCUUACAGAGUACAUAUUAUAUACUGUGCAUUAUUCAUUUAAAAAGUCAUUAUUCUUGAGGCCCUACCUCAAAUUUUGUAUUUAUGUCUACAAAUGCAAUUUAUUGUAUUAUAUAUUUGCCUAUUAUAUACUAAUAUAAAUUAGAAUUUAUCUUAAUAAUGUAUGAGUUCACAAACCCUAAAUAAAUGUCAGUGUUUAAAACAUGA